ACUUUUUCAGUAAAAUACAAAAAUACUGGACCCAAAAAAUACUUGUACAUAAUUAAACGAAAAUAAACAUAUCAGUUGCAAGCAGCGGCAAUGCGAGUACGUAAUUUGAUGUUUUGCUUUUUUUAGUGAUUCGAUGAUAACAACGUGAACGCGAGCCUGUCUUCUUUCCUCUUUCAGUCUGAUCGAUUUCUACCUGGCUUGCCAUUGGUGGCAAGAGCUACUGCGUUUCUCUCAUUGGUGCAAUGCGUCUGCGAAAACAAAACCAUUUUGUAAACAAACAGUUCAGCUGACAGACGCCGGAGAACCGAUCAAUGGCAUCUUUAAGUAUUUUUCUCGUGUGUUAAUGGAAGUGUAUCCUAGUGACGAAUAUAUUACGCCUAUGACUGACACCACCGUUGGGGGUGAUGCUACUGCUGAGCCGCCUCAAGACCCCAAUGAGGGGCAAAAUUUUUCGCAGCUUGGAAACAGUGCAAGUAAAGAGAGUGAACUUGUUAACUCAACAGAGGAAAAUAAUUUUCGCUUUCGGCACGCCAAUGACCAUGUGGAUGAAACUGUUGAAGACGAGAUGAAACAACAGGUUUCACAAAAUAAUGACAUAGUGAUGCCUGAAAAAGUUGUUCCUUCUCCACUGCAAGAAUCUAAUCAAGCAGUAGCGGAAACAAUUUCCAACACAAGUUUAGUUGCAAGGUUUUCAGAAGAACCAGGUGAUCAUUUGGCACACUCACCAACUGCUAGAAUUGAACAUAACAAUGAUGAAUCUCAUUGUACCCCACAAUCUCACUGUGAGUCUCCACAACAUCCUUCAAAUUUGCAACAUGACCAUGAUCUUCAUCAAGAUCAACCAAAGGUGCUGGUUGAUUCAAGUGUUCCUCAGCAGGGAUUACAAGACAAUUCUUCUCUUUCAUUAUUGGGAAGUGAAGAAUGUCAGCCUCAAGAAAAUCAAAGUCACUCAGAUCAAGUGAUGCAGAAUGACUUGAUACAUUCUCAAAAAAUGCCAUCACAUCAGCAAAUGAACUUGAAUCAAGAUGAGCAAGCUAGUUCAAUGGGUAAUGCUUUUACCCCAACAAAUAUGCAAAAUCCACAUUCAUAUACUCAAGAUAUGGCUCCACAUCCAACAGAAAACUCUUCACCUCACUCCAUGUUCUCUGAUACAUUAGCUUCUCUUGCAGGUAACACUCCUGCAAUAGCAGGAAAUCCUUCAACUUGCAAUGAACACCUUGAAAUGUCAGAUCAUCACAACCAUUCCUUAGCUCAUUUAAAUUUGCCCCCUCCAGUGUUGCCCAAUCCAGGAAGUAUGCCCUCAAUGAUUUCUCCAUCACCAACCACCAAUCCUCUUGCUAAUGCUAUCAGAGAUUACUGUGACACGCUAUCCAACAUGCGUCCACAGAACUGUGAUCCAAUACCUUCUCAAAAUUCUUCUUAUCAAGAUAAUGGUCACUGCUCAACAUCAUCUGACAUGCACCAAACACAUUCACGUCCAAAUUCUGUGUAUGAUUUUGACCCAAGUGCAACUGGUAGCAAUAAUUUAUCAAUGGUUAAUAUGGACAAUAAUAGUAUGAUGAAUUCACAAAAUCAGUCUCAGCUGCAACAGGCCCUGCACCAUGAAAGGCAGAAUCAGGAUGUGAUUGGCAAGUCCAUUUUUCCUAUGAUACCUCUAGAUCGUUGUGAAAGCUUCAGCAGCAAGAGAGACGAUGUUCUAUCUCAUCUGAACUCAAUCAACCAAAUGCAGCAACACAAUGAUCAAGUUAAUAAUGGCAUGAACAGUGCUCUUAAUACCAUGUCUGGUAAUGAUUCACUAAACCAAUCAUAUGACAGCUCGCUCUCUGUAUCAUCUUCUGAAUUUCCCAACACUGCAACUUGUUAUGAUCCACUGUUGAUGAGAAGAGGGAGAGGCAGGCCAAGAGGAAGCAAAAAUGGCACUGGCAUGGGACGUGGCAAGAGCUCUUAUGGGCGAGGAAGCUUCAGGUUCAACAGUGCAGAUGACAGGCCCUGCAGCGCAUAUGAUCUGCGACACAUACCUGAUCCGUUCGGCACAGCAAGAAGAGGGCGACCAAGAAGUAGAUUCAUUGUUGAUCUUGGAGAACAAAAUCAUGAAGCUUGGACUAAAGCCCGUCUUGAUUUGAAUGUGUCUGAUGCAGAACUGACAACACUGCUCCUCAGUUUGCUGGAGUCUCGCAGAGACUUGGAAGACACGGCAGAUUCUGAUACAAUGUUGGGGCUCAUCAACUCUGAGUACAGCAAGUGGAAGGAUAAGUUUGCUUCUCAAGUGUCAAUGCUGAGUCACUUUGCCUCCAUACAUAAUACUAACUGCUGCACCUGCCUGGGCAUCAAAAAGAAGAAGCUCACUCCUGUUGGGACAGGGAAGCGCGGUCGGCCUAGAAAGUAUCCUCCACCUGUUGGCUAUGGCCCUGGCAUGCAGCGACCUGACACCAUAGACGAGGAUGGAAACAUUUUUGAACCUCAGUGCAUUUUAAAGGAUGGCACAAUUGUCAAAGCAGAGCCUCAUGACGAAAAACCAAAGAUGCAUAACGGCGAAGGAGGAUCUGACCUCAGUAAUCCUGGCUCUGCAAAUGGUUCCAUGAUGAACUCAAUGAAUUCACUGCCGCCUCGUGCUAUGCUCACUCAUGAAGAGAUGCAGAAGAGAAGAGAGUAUUACAGCAACCACAAAAACAAAAUAAAAUACGUCUGCCAUUUCUGUCAAGUACACUUCUAUCAUAAGCCAAACUUUGACUAUCACAUCAGUAAGCUUGAAAGAGAAGGCAAAUGCCGUAUUUAUGAUAAGGUGAAUAACCUAUACUUGUGCGAGUCAUGCGGUGAGGGAUUCUCGUGGCGAGAGAAAUUGGAAAAACACCUUCGCCUUGCGGAGCAACAUGGCACUCACAACCAAAAGGAACUUCUUGUGUACGGUGAUUUCCAGUGCAGUAUGUGUGGCAAAACCUUUAACAAACGCAACACGUAUUUGCAACACAUAAAAUGGCAUGAAGACAGAGAAGAUGUUCCUUGUGUUAUUUGCGCCACGUUGUUCAAGCAGACGGAGCUAAGAAGGCAUCUCAUGGAAGUUCACAACAAUGAUAGCUUGCCAUGUUGCUACUGUGGAAAGCUCUUCACAUCUCGCAAAUAUCUUGAGAAGCACGAACUUAUUCAUCAGUCUGGCAAUUUUCCUUGUCCUGAGUGCGGCAAGUGUUUCAGCCAAAAAAUGGCCAUGCAGCACCAUCUCCGUUCACAUUCUUUGGACAAAGAAUAUUCAUGCGAAACUUGUGGUCAGAUGUUCACUCAACGACUUGGUUUAUGUCAUCAUUUGAGGAAACAGUUUGGUCCUGGGGAGUUUAACGAAGAAUGUUCUGUUUGCUCUACUUAUUUCUGCAAUGAAUAUGAUCUCCAAAUCCACAAAAGAAAGGUUCACAACAUGACAGAGCAUAUGGAAGAGUUACCUCCUGAGAGCUACUUGCCCAUCAACAUGCGUAACCACAUGUCACCUACUGAUCGUAAUAAGCACUACAGCGAGGCUAACAACAUGGUGAAGAACAUGUUAGGAGGAUCCCUUGGCAACAACUUGGAUAAUUCAAUGAGCAUGACAAUGAAAUCGGAGAGUGAGGAACCUAUGGAUGAUUCGCAAGUUCCGAGCAGAAGCAUUCAACACUCUGGCGAUCCCAUGAGGGACCCUGACAGGAACAGCGCCAUGAACGACCUAAUGCGCAACACCCAAUUGCGGGAAAACUUGAUGAGAGAUAACCGCGACACUCUCAUGAGGGACAGCAUCAUGAGAGACAACUUACUGCGCGACAACAGAGACUCUAUCAUGAGAGAUGAAGAUAUGGCAGGCAACAUGAUGCGCGGGAACAGUCUGCGCGACGCAUCAGGUCACAACGAAAACCCUGUCCGAGAUAACGUCUUCUCGAGGAAUGAAGUCAUGAGGAAUAAUCUCAUGCGUGAUGAAGACAUGAGAAGCUCUGCUCACAGGAACGGGCCAAUGCAGGACGAAUCAAUGAGGAGCAUCGGUGGCCGCGAUGACAGGAUUCGUGACGAGAAUAUGAGCGAUGAUCCGAUGCGCUCUGAUGGAAUCAGAGACAACAAUUUACGGGAGAAUCUUCGGGAUGGAUUAAUUCGUGAUAACCCACUUAGGGAACUGGCUAUGCGCAGUGAAAGCUCCCUGAGGGAAGAUCCAAUGAGAGAGAAUAUCCCUUUGCUCAUGAACGAACACAUGCGGCAUAUGGUCGAGAGGCGCGAGCUUGAUCCUGAAGAGUUGCGCCUCAACCCAAGUCUGCACAAUAUGCAUCAUCAAAGCAAUGAGGAUCAAUUGCAUGUUCCUCAAGAUCUUACGAGGAUGACGUCGCAGUCGCUCUUGAUGAAUGACAACAGGAAUGGGAACAAUGGGAUCCCCAACCCUCAGCAGCACAUGGCAGACAUGCGACCUUCAGAGGACAGUCCCAGCAGGCUUUCGGACACGCCGGGGGCGGGCAGUGGCAGCAGUCACAUGAGUGACCAGCUCGGCCGUAUGGCAGUUGAAAACUUCAACCGCAUGACCAGCACACCCGGCGGAUAUUUGGCUGAACACUUGCGUCGUAUGGCUGAGAAUCAGAGCCGCAGCGGCAUGGCGUCGGUGAUGUCUGACACGGCUGCGGCCAUGAUGAGCCAUUACGACGACAGAGACUACUCGAGAAUAGAUAACUUGCGCUCCAUGAGCCGUGCAAGUCCUGCCGACCCCAUGGCCAGGCUGGGCGACAACUUGUCCCACAUGGGCGUGAUCAGGCCCGCCCAGACACCGUCCAGCACGCCUCAGUGGCCUCCUCACAUGCAGAAUCAUUCACCUCUGGACGGUAUGAACCAAAGUCCUCAGUCGACGCAGCACACUCUAUAUCCUCUCCCUUUCUGGCCCUAUGACCCGUCCCUGCGCCACUACAACCAUUAACGGCCACAGCGGACUUUCUUUUAGUGGACUGAUAUUGUCUACUGAUUGGUGCGCAAGUGUUAUAUUGAAUUCAAUCGUGAAAGUUUCUUCUUAUGAAUUUUGCUGAGUAAGCUGAAGAACAUAGCUUUGCCUAAUCCUCGCGUCACCAUUGCCAAUAGUGAUCAACAUGAUUGAUCUCAAGUGGUUGAACUGUUACGACGCUGUUAAAAUUCAAUGUUUUUUUCAUUUGUUACGGCGACGAACGAUGAAUGCUCUAUUACGUAACCUAUAAUUGAGUGUUUGUGUUGUCAAGUUUAGUGCCCUUCUACAACGAAUGUCAAACCUGCCCACGCAAGUGUGUUCUGACAUCAUAUAUAUUUUCGUCGUUUUAAUUUAUGGAAUUUAGCGCUGUUUUAAUGUAGGCCUAAAUUAAGGCACCCUGAGGAGGGAAGCAGUGCAAUAUCUCACUGCUGCCGAUAGCGACGCUAUGAAUCAAGGUUCCUAACAGAAUAGAUUGUGUGUCUAGGGUAAAUUGAUGGACGUGAAUGCUUCCCAGGAGCAAUGUGGGGUCCCACUGACGUCAGAGUUGCUAUUCAAUGCAUAGAAUUCUUUGUCCGAGUGCAAUAUUUUACAGUAAGGAAAUUUUAACAAAUUUUAGGGCAUUAGAAUGAAAUCCCAGUUUGAAGAUCGUUAAUAUGUAUGAAAUAAUGAACCAUCUAGUCGUGUCUAAUCAAGGUUUUGUUACGUGCCAGAAAUCAGUAAUUUUAUAAAGUUCUUUUAAAUUAAUUUUUACUACAACUAAGAGACCCCAAUUGUUCCUGUGAAGACCUGCUGCGAUGUUCGCGUAACAUGCGUUGCACUGUCGAAUAGACGAUGUUUAUAAAUAUAUACAUACAUAUUCUGCUUAUUAUAUAUAAUAAGAGGCUUAGCAUACCUAUUAUUGUAGUGUGGUGAACCUAAGGGCAGGAUGCUGUAGCAAACUUGUGCCAUUGUUUUUAUUAUGUGUACUCGGAGUUACACGCGGCGAUCUUCACGUGGCUUUCUUUUUAAUCAGAAUUCAAUUGUUGCAGUAAUUCCGUUCGCGUCAUCGUUCGUAUAAGAGCCCUCGUCGACCAACCCAAACAAUAGGCAUAAAAUAUUUACUUUUUACUCAGAAUUCAAUUGUUACAAAGACCUUAAGUAAUUCUGUUCGCGUCAUCGUUCGUGUAAGAGCCCUCAUCGACUAACCCGAAUAAUCGGUUUAAAAUUCGUUUUGCAUGUCAACACGUUUUCUUGCGCGCGUCUCGCUUGAUGACGUUCCCUGAAAUUAUUUGCUGUCCAUGGAGACUUCAGAGCUGGGGUGUAAGAGGCAGGAAUUGUGGUCUCAAAGAAGACGUUUAAUUUUAACUCUCGCUUGACAUGGGCUUCUUCGUUCCAGUCUUGCAUCAAGGCUCUUGUAAUUUUUUAUUGUAAUUAACGCCUCACAUCGGCUUCAAGUUUGUGUUUUUAAUUGAGAUGUUUCAAAAAAUGUAUUUGAAAUUUAUGCAUCAUGAAUUUAGUCAGGAAAUGUUUUGGUGUGUUCUAAAUGUUAUGAAGGCUUGAUUUUUAUAGGGUCUGUCAAUGGCCUAUAAAUGUACAGUCUGGACCUUGACAGUUCACGUGCACUUGGUUCUUGAAGUUGAAGGUAAUUCAGGGUGUAUUGAUGGCGGUGUGUGUGCUGUGUAGAGAUGGGUUGUAUCGAUGGCGAUGUGUGUGUGUGCUGUGUAGAGACAGCCGGUAUGUGUACUAUUUAGAGACAGGUUGUAUUGAAUGGUGUAAGAAGGCUUCUUUUCAUGCAUGCGAGUAACUCGGUAAGGUUUUGGUGAUGUUAGAUGUGCCAUCCAUCUAAAUUAGCUUCCCGUACGUUGUGUACAUUGCGCGCUUCUUUACUAUACUUAAGAAAUAUUGUUGGAUGUUUCUCUUGUUACUAAGUUUCUAUCUUCUUUUGAUUUGCUCUUUUCAUUUUGUUAAGUUUUACUGAAGUUGCUGCAGUUGUUAUUUAACUUGGCAAGUAAUUUUAGUCAGGCGUUGACGACAUGAGUGUCGUGUAACUUAUAAUAAUUAAUACGUCGUGGUAUUCUUUGGUGCUGUGUUCUUUAUUUUAAUGAACACGUCUUGCAUCUACUUCAGUUAUCGUAGUAGUUAAGCCAGCAGUUAAUCUCUUGUUAUCGGCAACGCUGAGUCCAGUGAUUGCAUUAUUUCGGUAUGAUCGUCUUGGUUGCCAGAGAUCUGAGCCAAUUAGUUAUUCUCCUUUGUUUGAGGGUUUUGUCGACAAAGAACAGUUAUCGAAUACAAGUCCAUGGAAUAAUUUUGAAACUUUAACCGAUGUUUGGUUCGCCAAAGCAGCCGUGCCAAUCGUUGGGAGGAUGCUAGGUUCUGGGCUCCUUGUGAUUGAGACCACCUAGAGUACACGGAGAUGCCUGUGGUCACGCAAUACCGUUUAAUUCCCGUGUGCAUUUCACUGCAAUAUUAUUUUUACGAUUCGAACCGACAUUUGCCUGUAAAUAUCUGUUUAUUCAUAUCAUGCGUGUGAGGUUCUUAAUAAUAACAGUUAUUCAUGUUAUUAAGCUAUCUACGCAGCCCUACCCAUUGGCGAGUUCAAGAGAACCCGACUCGUUCAUUGACCAAAAACUCUGAGCAAUGCACGAGUCGGCAACACAACGCGCAGUCACUCUUGUUCUUCGUAGUUCCGAGUUUUGCGUUCUAAGUUACUGCAAAAAAAAACCAUCACAAAUGUUUUUAUAAAACAUUCGCCGUUAAAGGGCUGCUGAGCUCGCAAUGUAACUCCGACUUGUCUGCAGCAGAUAGCGUAUCUGGUGCCCUCGUAUGUGACGCUACAGCAAGCAUAGCUCGCAUGGACUGAUUAGUAUCAUUCGAUUACGAUAAAAUUAUAUUGACUAAAUUAUUACUUGAAAUAAAUAACUGUUCUUGAAUUUGACCGCGAGGUAAGAUUUAAGCGCCUUCAUCAAGAUUGUACAGCUAGCUUAAUGUAAUAAUAGCAUAGAAUUUACCCUUGCCGUCUAUUGCAGCAAUUAUGUCGUGUUUUUCUGCCACCGAGCGUUCUCAAGAAUGAGGAAUGCGCCAGGGACUUUUACUGUAAUGGUAACGUUUCUCUCAACUCGCUAUAACUGCAGUGUUCCUAUAUUUUGUCGAACCAUUAUCACAGUUCAAUUUGCAAUACAGAGAAAAGCACUGCUCGCUCGUUCGCAUUAAGCUCGUCCAAAAGUUACAAUUGCUCCAGCUGGUACACUUGCUAUCUCUGACUGUACAUUGGACGCAUUGUAGAACGCUUCUCAACUUGCUCCGGAGAUUACAAGUUAGGGCUGGGAGGGCUGGAGGGCUGGGAGGCUGGUACACUUGCUAUCUCUGACUGUACAUUGGACGCAUUGUAGAACGCUUCUCAACUUGCUCCGGAGAUGACAAGUGACCGUAUGCCCACUGACAGUCAGACAUCUUGAUGACAUUGUAUAUUAUCAGUUAUUUUCAUGCCUGGUCGCAAAUGAGAACUCAGGUCUCUUGACUCUAUGUUUCAACGCUCGAGUUUAGAAAGUUGAUUGAUAGAAACCCAAAAAUUUUGGCUUUUAAGUGUUGAUUGUAGUGUUCGAGUAUCAUGUAUAGCAUUGCUCGUUUCAACUAGCGACAUGAUAAGCUAAGAGGUAUUGUGAACGUCAAUAUUAACAAAUAGCUACCUGUAUUGCGUACAUGUAUUGUACAGCGGUACUUCAGGAAUAAAUGUGAGAAAUAUAAA